AUGCCUCAACGAAACCACAAACCUUCAGAUAAAAUACAAAAGAGAACAAUCCGGCGAACAAAAUUUAAAAAACAAUCGCAUGAUUCAACGGACGAUCCGAUGGAAAUACCAGGAUUUUAUUAUGAUCGUGAGCGCGGCAGAUAUUUUAAGAUAAUGCCAGGACACACUUUUGGGCAUAGCACUAACGCGAGUGGCAUAAUGACUAAGAGAAAAGCUGAAGGGAAUGUAAACCUGUUGACUAAACCAAGGAUUUCUACAUGUAAUUCUCUUCUCAACGCUUGCGAGUUUAAUCUGUCAAAAACAAUUCAUCGACUUCAAAGAGAAUGGAAAGAGAUUUUUGUAAAAUCUUUAUGCUAUGUCGGUACAAUUCAGCAAACGAUUCCUUUUUCUUUAUCACAUCGUAUUACAGACUUCCAGAUACACCCAACAAGCAAUGAAUUAUAUUAUGGAAAUACUGAUGGAAUGGUCGGCUUGUUAAAGUUCCAGGCUUCAUCAAAAACUUGUUCUGAAAUUUUUAGCAAGCCAUUUGCUUAUUGUAACUCGGAGAUAACGUCAAUAAGAAUAAUCGGUGAAAGUUUAAUCAUUUACACUUCACUUGGUAAUCAUCUUUGUUCUGGCAUAUUAUGUAUUGAGCAUUUACCAGAAGUAACCGAUUUUGAUAUGGUUCACGAAACGAAUGCAUAUAACUAUCAAACUAGAUCAACUGUUUGGACAUCAACUUCUUCACAAAUUGAUGAAUGGAUAGCGCUUGGUGCAACAAACUACAUUUCAGUUUUAUCGAAUUAUUCUGUUCCUGGUGCUCGAUUCACAAACAUUAAAACAAAUAGUGAUCCUUCAGCUAUUUUUGCGGGAUGUCGAGAUGGUCGACUACUCCUUUUUGAUGUCCGUUGUAAUCCAAAAAAAUCUUCACCGAAUGGUGAUGGUCCAAUGAUAAAACAGUCAUCUCCAAUAUGUAAUCUUAAACAAGUGAGCAGUUGGUAUGUUCUAAGUGAUGGAAUGGAUGGUUCGCUUUCUUUAUGGGACAUUCGGAAUCAGCGAAGGAGUCAAAGCAUAGGAGAAUCUACUUCUCCUGUAUUUAAAUAUUUUGGACAUGUUAAUAGUACUAAUCGCCGGACCGGAUUUGCCGUGAAUUCGAAUAACUCAGUUGUUGCUAUUGGUAGUAGUUUAUUCGUAUCUGCGUAUCUUAAUUUAAAAAUUAUCAUUUAUUUAUUUAUCUUGUUAACUGAAUUAAUCAUAGCUGGUCAAGAUAAUUUUGUACGAUUUUUUUCUAUCAAUACCGGAGAUGUUGUACGUUUGCCAAUUGGUCCAUUCGAGGAUACAGUGUCAACAGUUCGAUUUUGUGAACGUGAUGAACAACAAAAUUAUGAAUUUAUUCCGGAUGGGGAUAAUUUAGAACACUAUAAUAAAGGCGAAGGUAUUUGGAUUUCGAUUGGUAAAGAAUUACAAUGGUGGAGUGUUCCAUAA